AUGCUAUGUCUUACUCAACUGCUCGAUCUUCUCGGUGCACAUGCACGUCAAAACAUUAUCUUUUGUUUUACUAACGCACGAUCAACAUUUUACAGUCCUGGUAAUACAGCUCCAUUACUCAAAUUCAUUCUCCAGUCAUUUUCACUUAAUGACAUUCCAUUCAUAAAACAGAAUACAUUCUACUUUGGUAAUGAAUCAUUUCGUUAUUUAGCUGCUUUACAAAAUGGAAUUGUGUUCAAUAAUGAUGAAGAACAUGAUUAUAAAGACAGUUGGUCAAUAUCAGUUAAAGAAUCUAAUCGUCUUAUUGAUUAUGUUUGUAAAGAACUAAGGAUUCAUGCUAUAAAAAAUGAACAAAAAUCAAUCAAACAAAUUCAACUUCAAAUUAAUUCUAUGAUUCGUCCUAUAUUAGAAGCAAUGCGAAAUAUUCUUCGAAAUUUAAUCGUAUUAAAGAUGGAUCCAUCGAACAAAUCGAUCGAACUAAAUCCAAUUGUUCUUCAUCGUUCAGCUGCUGUUUGUUACACAUGUCAACGUGAUGUUAUCCAACUGGGUAAACUUUGGAUAAUAAAAGAUUCUCUACAUGAAAUCCGAAACACAUGUUACUCUUGUUCAUGCUCUUCCGAUCAACAUAGUAGGAUUGAUUAUAAACUUGACUGCAAACAUGCAGAAAGAUGUUCAAAUUAUACUCAGGAUGAAAUGAAGAGCAGCCUGCAAAUAUUGCUUCAUGCGAGUAUUGAAUUUGCUUAUUUUCUUAUACAUAUUGCUCACUCAUCGAAGGAUGAUCCAUUUUUAAUUGGUAUGGUACAAAUGAUUAGUGAUGAAAAUGAUCUCUAUCACAGUAAAACACCGAAUGACAUGAACUUAAAAUUAGUAGAACGACUUAGAGAAUUGAUGAUUAGAUAUCAAGAAUCUUUAGCGAACUUAGAGAUAAAUCAAAAGCAAAGGAAUGUGAACGACAUCCAUUCAUCGAUUCAGACAAUCUAUAAAAUUCCUAUAGUUCGAGUACAAAUGGAUACUAUUAAAAAAAGUCGAGAGAACAUAAUGAAAGCAUAUGAAUGUGAAUUUGUAAAUGAUCCAACAACCGCAAAAACUUCUUGAACUAAUAAAUGCAAAAAUCAUUAAUGAAUGGCUUGAUCAUAAAAUGUCAAAAACCAUUUUCUUGUAUUAGUUUGAAAGUUUCUUAAAAUGAAGAGUGUUCACGUAUCGCUGUUGAAUGUGAGCAUGAAUGGGUAGGAGUGAAGAGUAGAACGACAACCUACAUUCACCUAUACUCUGCUUGACUUGAGAAUAGAAUAUUAUGUCUACUAUGAACUGUUUUUGCAAAUCUUACAUGUUAAGACGAUGUCAUGAUCUUAGGAUAUGGUAUUAGUUAUUUCCAGACGUUCAAAAAUAUGCAGUAGAAGUCAAACUAUUCAAUAUUGUUUGUAUUCACAAAAACAUAAUGUUUGUGAAUAGAUCUUUUAUGUUUACAUGUUCGUCGCUGAAUUCUGAUCCUAUAGUUUCUCACCGAAGCUCCUCUCGAACUUGAACGUUGAUGUCUUAGUUUUCCUGAUUUCGAUUGGUCACUUUGUUCUAAGUAACAACUUUACACCAAUAAAAUAAAAAGAUACUCGUAUGAGACGGAAGAGUGAUACGAACAAUCUUUAAAGGAAUUUAUGAGUUUGCUUUUUUACAUAAUAGAACAGAGAAACGCCUAUCGAAUCGAAUUAUAGAAAAAUGAUCUAGCUAUGUUGCAAAUUAAUGGCAUAGUAGUAGUUUCGGAUAAAUUGAGUCGAACGGUAUUAGAAACACUGUUUCUCAUAAGAAAAACGAAAUAAAGACUUUUUGAAUACAAAUCGAACAGGUGAAAUGAAUACAAAAUCAACUAUUUACAUUAAAGGAAUCUACCCUAGUCGAACAUCUUGUAAGCAAGAUCUUGGUCAAGAUCUUGGGUACAGAAAUGUUAGUAGAUCUUGAAAAUUUAGGUACAAGAUAAUCACAUUAUCUUGUACUUAAGAUCUGUGACUAGAUCUUGGGUACAGAUAUGUAAGAUCUUGGGUACAGAUUCAUAAGAUCUUAAGUACAGAUUUAUAAGAUCUUAAGUAUAGAUCUGUAAGAUCUUGGUUAUAUACUAAGAUAAAAACUGUUGCAGGUCUCGUGAUUUGCGACCAAGGGGAAAAAAACGAAAUCCUGGAAUCCUGGAAUCCUGUGGAAUCUUAUGGAAUCACACGGAAUCAUGGAAUCCAAUGGAAUCCAAUGGAAUCCGAUAGAAUCCAAUGGAAUCCAAUGGAAUCCAAGGGAAUCGAAUGGAAUCCAAGGGAAUCGAAUGGUAUCCGAUGGAAUCGAAUGGAGUCCAAUAGAAUGCGAUGGAAUCCUAUAGAACGUUGGAAUCUUUAGUCCAAAAGUCCUUAGAAAUAGUACUAUUGCAGGAAAACCUGUUUAAAUACAUCAACAAUUAAUAGAAUAGUCUAAGAACAUUUAUCGUAAUUUUUGCAUUGAGGAUCUCUUUUGUUCUAACCUGGAAGUUGCAAAUUGGUUCCUUUUGAUAUAUAUUUUAGGUUAAGAUUAGUAAACAUACAAAAAAAUAGAGUAUAAUUCAUAAAUGUUAAAAAGGAAAAAGAUAUCAACAUGGAAACAUGAGGGUCAUAAUAAGUGAGCC